UUGUAAAGAAGGGGGACCAACAGCACAGGUGCGGCAGAGAACUGGCAGCUCAGAAAAAGUUGUUGUCUUGUCCCGAAUCCACUCGGAUCUGGCAGCAUCCCCUGAACAUCUCUCUGAGCUCAGCUUAUUUCAUUCCUAUAUUGGGAUCGACAGCAAAUGGCCCAGGAUGUGAAAAGAAGGCACUGAUAAUGACUAGGAUGGUUUCUGCAGACCUGACAGUUUAUAAGCAGCUCAGCAGAGUUUAUAUAGCAUUUUACAGUAGGGCAGCCUGAUACCAGAAGACAAUAAUUUUGUACGUGAUAAUUUUCUGUAUUUUUAUAAGGGAUAACGUCACUGGAUAUUUUUUCUGUGUGUGUCCUUUCAUCAUAUCUCUCAGAUCCUCAAAAUGAGAGAAUCAUUUGGAAAUUAAGGAAAGGGUCUUUUUGCAUUCAAAUAUAUCUUUUAUUUUUGUGCUAUUGGAUUUUUUUCCACUGUGCUCAGGAAAACACAAAGCCAAGGCAUGAGGGUAGCCUUAAGGUGAGAGUGGGCAUCUUGUACCUGGUACUAGAAGAUGCCUUGGUGGUGUUGUUGCUGUUUCUUCCCUCCCUGUCUGUCUGAGGAGGAGACUACUGCUCUGACUGUGAACAGGGAGAUUGAAAGAAUCCUUAAACUACAGAAAGAGAGAAGCCGUGGGGAGAUAAAAGUCCUGCUUUUGGGAACAGGAGAGAGCGGGAAGAGUACAUUCAUCAAGCAGAUGAGGAUCAUUCAUGGAGCAGGAUUCUCAGAGCAAGAGCGAAAGUUUUAUGCUCGGCUGGUACAUCAAAACAUUGUCACCUGUGCACAGUCCCUAGUUGGGGCUAUGGAAACUCUGCAAGUGCCUUACUCCAUAGAAAACAAUCAGAUAAAUGGAAGAAAGAUCAGUGAAUUAGAUGCAUUUAGAAUCCAGGCAAUUGAGGAGCCAUAUGUCAAAGCCAUUAAGAAUUUAUGGAGUGAUACUGGAAUCCAAAGAUGCUAUGAGAGGAGGAGGGAAUUUCAGCUACUAGACUCAACAAACUACUAUUUGUCUAAUCUGGAGCGACUUACACAGGAUAUGUACCAACCUACAGAUGAAGACAUUCUUAGGAUCAGAAUGCCAACCACAGGAAUCAAUGAGUAUUCCUUCCCUGUGGAAAACAUGAACCUUAGAAUGGUGGAUGUUGGGGGACAGAAAUCCGAGCGGAGAAAGUGGAUCCACUCUUUCGAGAAUGUAUCUGCUCUUAUUUAUUUGGCAUCUCUGAGUGAAUAUGACCAACGCCUGGAGGAGAACUGCCAUGAUAAUCGAAUGAAGGAAAGCUUGGCCCUCUUUAGAAAUAUUCUGGAGCUACCAUGGUUUCAGGAAACACCUAUUAUUCUGUUUCUUAAUAAGACUGACCUACUAGAAGAGAAGAUUGCCUUCUCAGAUCUUGCCAACUACUUCCACAGAUUUAAAGGUCCUUGCCGUGAUGCUGAGGCCGCUAAGCAAUUUAUCCUGGACAAUUACAAGGAGAUCUUCAACAAAAUCAGAAAGCAAGAUGCUUCUGGCAAGGAUGACCUGAAACACAAAGUCUACCAUCACUUCACUUGUGCCACAGACACAGACAAUAUCCGCAAGGUUUUCAACAAUGUAAAAGAGGCUGUGUUAGUUAAGUACUUGAUGGAUUUCGGUAUAUUGUGACACCUGCAGCUCUGAAAAGGUGACAAUACAUUGGCGUUAUGACACGUAACACUGUAUGUCAGAAAGGCUUUGAGAUGAAAAGUACAACAUCAUUGAACUUGUUUAGUUCUGUAAAGCUUCCUCUAGCUAAAAACACCAACAAUUAUUGAAACUUUUACACCACAGACCUCAAUAGAAUAUUUCAUUUAGAUAGUACGGAGGAAUAAUUUGUUGCAUGCGUAUGCUGUUCUAAAGGCCUUACUUGGUGAGUUUUACAGCUCUUUACUUGGAGACUUUCUGUACAAUUCUUCCCUUUUAUGCACCAUCUUUGCAUGGUGUUGCCCAGUGCUGUACAAGUAAAAUGUCAUACUGUUUUCCUCUUUAUUUAUUAGCUCAGUGUUUUGAAUUUCGUGGAUUGCACAAUUCGGUGAUUGACAAUUGACUUUACUAGGGACAGAAAGAUGAGUAUUAGCUGAUGCUGCCCCAUUCCCACGUUAGUUCUAUCUAUCAUGUUAAUUCUAGCCAGGGUUGGACUGGGCCGCAGAGACACCGGUGGGCCCCGGCGGCCCAGACCCGACCCGAGCCGGCUCUCCCCCAGACAACCAUUCCUCCAUUAUAGUGCACACCACAGCCUGUAUAUGUGCAUCAUCAGACGUACCCCCUGUCUCUUUUAAAGAGAC